CUCUCUACGAAAACACUUUCGGGAAGAAUAAAGUUUUUUUUUUCCCCACACGGACCUGCACUCAGCCCAGCCUGUACCCAGAGCCAAACCGUGGCCUAGCAGGAAGAACGGCUCGACUAUGUGGAGAAAGAAACGGGCACUUGGGGAAUCCUUGGCUUGUCUCGUGUUUCUUGUGACGCUCGUCGAUGCUUAUCGAUUCCUGAGCCAGAGCACAGCCACCCAGUUCCUGAGCAGGCACAAAAGAGCCAACUCUCUGUUUGAGGAGAGCAAGAAGGGCAACCUGGAGAGGGAGUGCAUCGAGGAGCUGUGCAACAAGGAGGAGGCCAGGGAGAUCUUUGAGAACCAGCCGGAAACGGAAUACUUCUAUCCCAAAUAUGUUGUGUGUCUGGGUUCACACCGUGUCGGCAUUAACAACCAGAACUUGGAUUCUGCUAUCCCAUCAGACCUUCGCACCUGUGUGACAGAGAUCAGUAACCAGUGUACACCGUAUCCAUGCUACAAGGAGGGUUCAGAGCGCUGCGUGGAUGGCCAGGCCUCCUUCACGUGUGUGUGUAAGCCCGGCUGGAAGGGGCCACGCUGUGAGGACGACAUCAAUGAGUGUUCAGAUCCAGACUUUCCAGCGGGAUGUAACCAAAAAUGUUACAACCUCCCCGGUAGUUUCCACUGCAUGUGUGAAGAGGGCUUCUUCAUCAAUAAUAAAAUCGACUGUGUGGAUAUUGAUGAAUGCCUCCUGUACCCCAGAAUCUGUGAAGCACCGGCUAAAUGUGUCAACAGUCCUGGCAUGUACAAGUGCCAGUGUCCACUGGGGUUUAAAUAUAACUUCACUUCCAAAACCUGCAACGAUGUGGACGAGUGCGAGUUCAAUGUGUGCGAUGGCACUUGUAUAAACACAGUGGGCAGCUAUGCAUGCUACUGUGAUGGUCGUGAGGGUCUUCGUUUGGCGGAGGAUGAACGAUAUUGUGAAAGAAUCCCUGUUUGUAUGGAACUGUAUGACCACAAACACUCGGAGAUGCUGUACCUGGGGGAGCAGUUUGCAGGCCUACCUGUCAUCUAUCUGCGUUUCCGUCUGCCAGAGAACACAAAGUUUGCAGCAGAGUUUGACUUCCGCACAUUUGACCCUGAGGGAGUUGUUCUGUACGCUGAGUCCUCACAGGACUCGUGGUUCAUGUUGGGACUAAGGGGCGGUCACAUUGAAGUCCAGUUCAAAAACCAGCACACAUUCAAGGUCACCAGCGGAGGAAAAGCCAUAAAUGAUGGACAGUGGCAUGUGAUCUCUGUGGAUGAACUGGAGAGCAGCAUCAGUGUGAAGAUCAGCAAGGAAGCUGUGAUGAGCAUCAACAGCCCAGAGAGUCUCUUUACUUCAGUUAAUGGCAAACUGGAGACCAAGGUCUACAUCGCUGGUCUGCCCAACCGCACUGACAACAUCAUCAAACCUAUCAACCCUCGACUUGAUGGCUGCAUCCGGGGCUGGAACUUGAUGAAUCAAGGUGCAUCUGGGGUCAAGGAGGUCAUCCAGGAGAAGACAAGUAAACAUUGCUUUGUGUAUGUGGAACGAGGAUCUUUCUUCACUGGGGGGGGACUGGCGCACUUCAACAUUGACUACAGUGAUUCUGGGAGCUGGAAUGUGGAUGUAAAGAUGAAUAUACGUCCAUCAACUGGCACAGGUGUCCUCUUUGCUCUUGUCGACAACACCACAGUCCCGCUGUCGGUUGCUGUGGUGACAUCGGGAGGAGAAGAUACUAAUUUGCAAGUGUUCCUGGACGGCGUCUCCGUGGCGAGGCUGGACUCACUGAUGCUGUGUUACCCUGAGCGGCUGACACUGCAGCUGAAUGUGACUCCUACAGAAAUCCAAAUCUCAGCCAACUCCUCCACCGUUACCUACAUGAAAUCUGACGAUCUGCAGGAGGCGCUGAAGCGCCUCAACACCAGCAUGCAGAACCCCAUCAGUACAUAUAUUGGUGGGAUCCCAGACGAUGUCCCAUUACCUGCCACCCCAGUGACGGCGUUUUACCAUGGCUGCAUGGACAUCUCUAUCAACGGCCAGCAGCUGGACUUUGAUGAGGCUUUCAGCAAACAUAACAGUAUUAAGUCUCAUUCCUGUCCUCCAUUCUCUGCCCCUGAAAGCCAUGCUGCACCACACCCAUAUUGACCUUAAUUAACAGCAGCAUCACAUUUUAACGCCCUCACACUAGGCAGCGUCCCACAGUGGCCAUCUCUUGGGAUGUUUUGGAAAGAGAGAUUUAUAGAGGAGAGGAGAUGGGAGGGAGGGAGGAAGAGGAUGAGAAAGAAGUGACAAGAAGAGGAGAUAGCGGUAGAUGGUUAUAGUCAUUUUUGUCGACUUUCUCUGAUGGGUUUAUUUUAAGCCUUCUCUUAUUCUUUUUGUCCAUACAGUGUUAUUGCUACUGUCCUGGGUGCAUUUUGUUCAGUUUUUUUUUUUUUUUUUUUUUUUUUUUUUUUUUAGCAUGG